ACCUAAACCGGCCGAAGAACGGUGGCGCCGCCCUGAAAAACAGUAGACCUUAAAUAGCUUUAUUCUCUCUUUGAUACUCCACAUGUGACACCUUGACCAUGGUUGCACCAACAUUCCAUAAACUCAACCCAAAAAAAAAACAUCAAAAAUUCUAUAGUUCUAUAAUACAAAAGAAUGUGUGACUAAACACACACGGUCACUGAACCUUGCCCACGUUCGCUGUUAUAUCCAAAAGUCUCAAUCUAGCUCCUUUCUGCUAACCUCACCCCGCCCCAUCUAUCCUUUCCUCCUCAGCAGCAGCCAUGGGAGCUCUCUCUCAAUUCUUCUCCCACCUCUACACCAUCUCCAUCAUCUUCUUCACCCUCUUCGCCCUCGAAGUCGUCAUCCUCGUCCGCUCCAUCACCGGCCUCAAACCCAACUCGGAGAAACGCGUCAUCACCACCGCGCAGUACCUCAAGCUCAUCGACCAGAAGAACCCCACGGUCUCCUACUCUAGCAAGAAGAAGAACCUGUUGAGGGCUCACGAGGAGUGCUCGGUGUGCUUGUCGGAGUUCGAAGAGGGGGAGAAAAUCAGGCAGCUGAAAUGCAAGCACAGGUUUCACAAGGACUGCGUUGACAAGUGGUUGCAGCAGUAUUGGGCCACGUGUCCGCUUUGCAGGACGAAGGUGGUGCCGGACGACGUUGUGGCGAGCUACCACCGGCUGAGGAAUCAAGUGGAGUACGACGGCAGCGAUGAGGAGCUGAUCUUCUUGUUAUCUUCGUUGCAGGGUAAUAAUUUCCAGAGAUUCUUCUAACUUUGUCGCAUGUAAUAAUUCUUUCACCUAGAUCCUUAUAUAAAAACCCUAUAUAAUUUUCUUUUCCUUUGUUUUUUUUAUUACGUACAUUAGAAGUAGAUCUUUUUGUUUUGUUUCUGCCUUAGGUAAAUCUGUAGCACAUAAUGUACAUAUAUGUGAAUUGCAAUAGUGAAGGGGUAGUUCGAGAGAGCUUUGUAUGACCAAAAGAAGAGAGAGCUGUGUGUAUAGAUCAAGUGCUUUCAUAUUUUGGCUGUACUUAUUUUGGCAAUGUGUUAUUGAACAUCAAUGAUUUGUACCUCGAUCUUUUGGGUUUCAGCUAAUUUUCGGUUCAAUAAUGAUUAUGUUUUAUUAUAAUUUUUGAAUUAUGGUAACGGAGAGUGUAAGUCACAGUAUAUGUUAGAGCGUAAUUUCAUGCAAUUGCGAGGGUUCAUGCAUAGGUACAUACUCUUAGGUCUUGUAUGGUUCAAAGUA